CACAUAAUCAUUGAACUCUUCCGAUUUGGGUUCAGUCUCUAGCAUUCCUAACCCCACAACAGGGUUAAGUCAAGUCUCUACACUCGGGGGCUUCAUUCGCUGUGUAGCUUGGCCCUUGCUCUACAAAUAGUGAAUCUACGUUAUCAAGCAUACACCAAAACUUCUGGGAGAGAAACGGUAAUAAAACCACCAUUUGAACUUGAAUAGGUUAGCCGAGGGUUGACGUUACAAGGCCGGGAGGUUGUGCUUUACGCAGGGGGAGAAAGUGCGAGAAAGUCGGCUCAGUUCAUCAGGUGAUGCUCCCGUACUCUCCAGUCGAUAGUUCAUGGAAUAAACAGAUCGCAACGGCUGGAACACACAUUGGUAAUCCUUAGUUUCCAGAAUCCAUAGCACUCCGGAAAAAGCCAGCGAAGUAUUUUGUUUGGGACAGGAUAAAGGCAUCCCUACACCUCGUCCUCAAGAAUGCCUUCUCUCUCAGACUACGUCACGUCACAUAUUGUGUGUCUGUCUGUCGCCCUCAUCGUUGUGUCGUCCUCAGUUAUCGUCACCGAGGAUCCUCCUCCAAAGAUUGCCCGCCUGGUUGGAGGGCAACAUCCCUGGGAGGGGAGACUAGAGGUAUACAAUAAGAAACGUAAGGAGUACGGUACGGUGUGUGAUGAUGGAUGGCACAUGAACGCGUCGCAGGUUGCAUGCCGGAUGCUCGGAUACGCAGAAGCUCUCAACUUUCAUUAUGGCAAUGUAUUUGGUGCUGGAUCAGGUAAAGUAUUACUGGAUGAUGUAAGGUGUACGGGGAACGAGACCACCCUCUUUCAAUGCAAGCGCGCCAAGAUGGGCAAAAGUGACUGUCAUCACAGCGAAGACAUUGGCCUGACUUGUAGCAAUGACACCAUAGGGGAGAGAAUGGAGGCACGAAGGGCCGCCGUAAGUAUUCGUAGGAUGAAGAAAGAUAGGAAAAAAAUCCGGGUACGGCUGAGAGGUCGUUCAACCCUGCAGCCCAUCUCAGAGGGCGUGGUCGAGAUGUUCUACAAGGGGAAGUGGCGAACUGCCUGUGCGGACGGAUGGGACAUUCACGACGCCACAGUGGUAUGCGGACGUCUUGGGUACAAACAAGCACUGCCUCUGAGUAGCCGUUACGUGGAAGAUGAUGAACUGCAGCGUCGCAAAAGCAUGAAGUUCACCAACUUCGGCUGCCUUGGAUCAGAGGUUUUGAUCGGUUCGUGUCCGUUCGACGACCUGGAGAGCUUCACCCUCUGCGAGUCCGAGGCCGUCGCCCACGUCCGAUGCCACCGGGGGAGCUUCGUCAUCGACACACCCUAUGAAGACGACGUCGACGUGGAGGAGUUAGACCGUGAGUUGGAGGCAAAGCUUGAUGGUGUUGCUGCUGCUGAUGAGAAUGAGAAGAACGAGACUAUGGAAGCUGAGGUUGUUGAUGAGGCUGCCGAGGUUAUUGAGGAUGGGGCUUCUUCUAAUACCACCGAGACUGAUGAGGGAACAGAGGAGCCGCAGGUCUUCAACAAACUCGGUAAAGAGGCAUUGAGGACGAGUAAGAAGGCACGACGAACGCAGUCCAAGCAUGGGCGAAAACGUCCCAGGCCCAACAUCCGCCUGAGAGCCGGAGGAAACUUUGGAGAGGGAAGAGUAGAAGUCUACAUCAAGGGAACAUGGGGAACUAUCUGCAGCGAGUCUUGGGACUUGACUGAUGCCAGCGUUGCUUGUAAACAGCUCGGCUUCGGGGCAGCAAAGGAAAUCGUCCCCAAUUCAGGAUUUGGACAAGGGGUGGGCCCGAUCUGGCUGUGGAAGAUGCAAUGCAGAGGUCAUGAGAGGAGUCUGACUGCAUGCAACCAUGGGUACUACAACAGCAGCAGCUGCACCCAUUCUCUUGAUGCUGGUGUUCGGUGCAUCGUACCUGAUAUCAACGUCAAAAGCCACGUGAAACUUGAAGGAGGGACAUAUGAGAGGGAGGGUCGUGUUUCCGUCCUGCUGAACGGGGAGUGGGCCAAUGUCUGCGGGGGUACUGAGUGGGGUCUUCUAGAUGCUAAGGUCAUUUGCAGACAGAUGGGGCUGGAUCAUGCUCGCUAUGCAAUUCAGAGUACUUUAAGCUACGGAGCAGCGCCGAAGAGGAACAUUAUGAUGUUAGAUGUACAAUGUACAGGGAAAGAGAGAACCAUUAGGGAAUGUAAAUACUCACGCCGAUCACAGAACAACACAUGCUACCGUGGCUUCCGUGCUGGUGUGGUGUGCGUCGAAUAUCUACCCGAUGUGUUAAUGGACCUCCACGUCCUGCAGUCUUCCGUACGAAUCCAGGACUGGCCCGACUCCUUGAUGACAUGCUCCAGAGAGGAAGGAUGUCUCUCUGAUGUACCUAAUCGCUACGGUCUACGCAGACUCUUACGGUUCACAAGCGCCAUCAUGAACCGAGGAAUGGAACAGUUCCGUCCUGUACUCAACAGAUAUAGCUGGAUAUGGCACAGCUGUCACAUGCAUUACCACAGCAUGGAAAUUUUUAGCCAUUACGACUUGAUGAACCGUAAGAAUGAGCGGGUCGCCCAGGGGCACAAGGCUAGCUUCUGUCUGGAGGAUGGACACUGCGACGAUGGGAUACAGCCUCAGUUCUCAUGUAACAGUGACCAGGGUAUCUCCGUUAACUGUAUAGAUAUCUACGCUAGUAAUAUCGACUGCCAGUGGGUAGACAUCACGGGUGUUAAAAUGGACUUGUACACACUCAGGAUACAUGUCAACCCGGACAAUCUCGUGGCCGAAACUGACUAUGAGAAUAACUUAAUCGAGUGUGAUCUGUACUACGGUGGAACAUCAGUCGUCAUUGGUCAUUGCGUAUUUGUUGCUGACAAAAUGGAGGACUAGUCUCCAAAACGCACCAUCGUUUUUUCGCUCUUUUUUUUUUACUAGAAAAACCCCAAAGAUCACGCUGGCUCUUUUCUGAGCCAACACCCCAGCCUAAAUUGAUUAUACAAGGUAGUACCCGCAAGUUGUUCUGUUCUGUUCUGUUACUUGUUAUUUUCCACAAAUUGCAAGGCUUCAAAAAUCAGCUUCAAAAUGUGUUCAAGGAGUUACCAACUAAAUUUAAGUUUGAUUUUUUUUCUUAGUUUUAAGUUAAUAGAAUAAAUAUUUUGCAUAGAUACUUUUUUCUUGAAAAGAAUACAAUCGGACAUAAAGUUUUGAUUUUUUCCCCCCCUUCAACCUUUAAUAUGUUUAUGUUUUUAAAGUCGGUUGCUUUUCAAGAAUCUUUCCUGUUUAUCAGUGUUUUUGCUUGCAAAAUGCAAGACAAGAUAAAUUCAUCUUAUUGUUAAGUUCAUGUAUUUAAAUUUAACAUGAUAUCAUUUUAGAGAUUAAUGUUGUCUUGGAUAGGCUCAAAUACAAAAUGUCACAAUAUUUUAUGGUAUUUAUAUUAGUAGAAGUAAGAACAUGAAUAAGUUAUUUUAUUUUUGACGUUCCCAUUUAGGACAACUGAAAAUCAUAAAAUACUUUUAGAUUUUACAAAAGGAAUCGUUUUUCAAAAUGUUAUACAUCAUCAACAACUGAAGUACAUACUAAGUAUUCGUGGCCAUUGCUUCUUAGUUUAUAAGAUAAAAUGCACUUUUCGACAUUAAACAAAAUACUCUUUUUUCCCCAUCACAGUGUACUUUCCCAGAAAAGAUACUAUGUAUAGCUUUUAAUGACAUCUGACGUUAUAGUUCAGUAUGCUUAGUUUCCGAAUGUUUUUCAAUUGAAUAAAAUUGUUCUGUAAAUAAUA